AUGGUUCGUGUUGUGGACCGUGUUGUCGAGAACAGUGAGUUCGCGCUUGGGAUUCGCCUUGUGAAGGCCGCGUGUGUGGCUGCUGGUAUAGAGAGGGGGAAAAAGAUGGUACGAGUGUGGUCGGCUAGCAGCAUUCCUGGAUCGUCUGAUCCAGUUGUUGUAGCACGGUCUGUCGAUCCAAUGCAUGCUGUCGUCAAGGCUUUUUCCGAGAUGGACUCCGCGUCCUAUCUCCGUUUGGGCGAGCUCGACCUUGCUGAUCUUCACCAACUAUGCUUUGAGGAGGAGGAGGAACUCGUUUCAGAUGGUGGUGUUGAGGGCGUUUCCCCAAAUCAACCUCGCUAG